AUGAAGCUUCAUGCUGUAGUAAUUCCAUACCCUGCACAAGGCCACAUAGGCCCAGUUCUAAAAUUGGCCAAACUCCUUCACUACAAGGGAUUCUUCAUCACUUUUGUCAACACAGAGUACAACCACAAUCGCCUCGUUCGAUCCCGGGGACCGGAUUCCGUUAAGGGCCUAGAGAAUUUCCAGUUCAAAACCAUACCUGAUGGUCUCCCUUCCUCAGAGAAAGAUGCUACACAAGAUAUACCUGCACUUUGCGAUUCUGUUCAGAAAAAUUGUUUGCCUUUCUUUUUGGACCUCAUCAACAACCUUAAUGAAUCGCCCGAUUCUCCAAAUGUUAAUUGCAUAGUUUCUGAUGCGGUCAUGAGUUUUACUUUGGAUGCUGCUGAACAACUCAAUAUUCCUGAAGUCGUGUUUUACACUACAAGUGCUUGUGGCUUCAUGGCAUAUUGUCACUAUGCCGAACUUGUAACAAGAGGGUACUUUCCACUUAAAGAUGAGAGCUGCAUAACCAAUGGCUAUCUUGAUACAAAGCUCGAUUGGGUUUCGGGGAUGAGAGAUAUUCGACUAAGAGACUUUCCAAGUUUCAUUCGAACAACUGAUCCAAAAGAUAUUAUGGUCAACUACAACAUUCUGCAAACCAAGAAUGCAUCGAGGGCCAAGGCCGUGAUAAUUAAUACUUAUGAUGACUUGGAGAAAGAAGUUCUUGAGGCCAUUCGAGAAAAAUUUGAACGUGUUUGCACCAUUGGUCCACUUCAAUUGCUCGAGCAAGAAAUAAACAAUACUAAACUCAAAUCCAUUGGCUCGAGCCUGUGGAAAGAAGACGAAUCCUGCAUCGAGUGGCUUGAUCAAAAACAACCAAAUUCUGUUCUUUAUGUUAACUUUGGCAGCAUUACUGUUUUAUCAGCCAAACAGCUGCUGGAAUUUGCAUGGGGACUUGCCAAUAGCAAUCAGCACUUUUUAUGGAUCAUUAGGCCGGAUUUGGUAAGUGGCGAAAGAGCAAUUUUGCCAGAAGAGUACUCGAGAGAAGUCGAAGGAAGAGCCCUCAUGGUGGAGUGGUGUAAUCAAGAACAGAGGCCAUUCGAGAAAAAUUUGAACAUCAUUACUGUUUUAUCAGCCGAGCAGCUGCUGGAAUUUGCAUGGGGACUUGCCAACAGCAAUCAGCACUUUUUAUGGAUCAUUAGGCCGGAUUUGGUAAGUGGCGAACGGGCAAUUUUGCCAGAAGAGUACUCGAGAGAAGUCGAAGGAAGAGCCCUCUUGGUGGAGUGGUGUAAUCAAGAACAAGUUUUGGCCCGUCCUUCCGUUGGAGGGUUCUUGACACAUUCUGGAUGGAAUUCAACUAUAGAGUGCAUAUCGGAAGGGGUGCCGAUGAUUUGCUGGCCAUUUUUCGCUGAACAACAAACGAAUUGUCGAUAUGCAUGCACCGAGUGGGAGAUCGGGUUAGAAAUCGAGGGAGACGUGACGAGAGAAAAAGUGGCAAAAUUGGUGAAAGUUUUGAUGGAGGGAGAGAAAGGAAAGGAAAUGGGGAAAAAGGCCUUGGAAUGGAAAGAGAAGGCUCGAUUGGCAGUUAAGCCUGGUGGCUCUUCUUACCAGAAUUUGGAGUAUUUGAUUAAUGAGAUUCUUCUUAAGAAUUAG